GGAGAAAAAAUCGCCAGCAGCCGCUGUGCACACACAGCCACAAACACCCACACGCGGACACACACAGGCCCAUGCCACGGGCGAAGAAGAGGAAGCUCGGCCGUGGGUCGGAUGGGCGGAUAGUUCGGAAGGCCCCGGCACAGCACCAUGAUCCUCCGGCGUCUGCCGCCGAUGUGCCUUCCGUUGGGGACGCACCCGACGACAGCAACGCUUGUGGCGGCAGCGCUUCUUCUAUCGAUGAAGAUGAGGAAGGGGCUGCGGCAAACGACGAAGACUGGUGCGAUGAGGAACCCAGCAGGACACACAGCAGUGAUGGGGGUCAGUCGAUACUACUGAGGUUCGCAGGGCGUGCUGUGGUAUCGGCAGCUCGAUCGGCAGCAAACAAACGCGGCGAGAAAAACAAAACCCGCCGUGUUUUCUCUGUCACGAAGCCAACAAUCCCGCCGCCGAAAAGCAGCUUUGGGGCGCCAAGUCGUGGGCUUGGCCAACACUAUGGGGAUGUUUCUGGAGCGUGCGCGACGGCAGCAGAUUAUUGUUGUUCGUUGUUUUUCUGGCCCUUCCGUGGAGUUGGCUGUAUCUGGCCAAUAUUUUUCUGACCCUUCACGCAGAGUGUUGCACGUGUAUUUUUUCCGGAGAAGUUCGUACUUGUUCCCGUGCGGUGUGGACACAGCAAACACCCCAGCAGCUGCAGUAGAGAUGUUGCGUUGCAGAUACUUAAUGGCGUG